GAGCUGAGGUCACCCUGAUUUAUUAAGACUAUUUUACCUCAUAGUUCUUUAACUUAAGGCGCACUACUAUGUUCCCUGCAAGAGUAAGAAAUCUACAGAGUCUGCUACAGUUUAGACACAGACUUUGGUGCUCUGCCUCAUGUGGAAAAGCCACCUCCAGCUCCAGACUGGUUUUGGGCAUCGAGACCAGCUGUGAUGACACUGGAGCUGCUGUGCUGGAUGAGACAGGAGCGAUACUGGGAGAGUCUCUGCACUGUCAGACACUAGUGCAUCUGAGGACUGGUGGCAUCAUCCCCAUGGUGGCUCAGCAGCUCCACAGGGAACACAUAGAGCGCGUAGUCCAGGAGGCUUUGGACCGGAGCAGUGUUCUCCCGAGCCAGCUGUCGGCCGUGGCAACCACAGUGAAGCCGGGCCUCGGCCUCAGCUUGGGCAUCGGCCUCGAGUUCAGUCAGAAGUUUGUAAGGUUGCACAACAAGCCCUUCAUCCCCAUCCACCACAUGGAGGCCCACGCCCUUACUGUCAGGAUGCUGCAGCCCGUCGCCUUCCCCUUCCUCGUCCUGCUCAUUUCUGGAGGUCACUCACUUCUCGCUGUGGCUCGAGGGGUCGACGACUUUCUGCUUCUGGGUCAAAGCCUUGAUGAAGCUCCUGGGGACUCGCUGGAUAAAGUGGCGAGACGUUUGUCCCUCAUCAAACACCCGCUGUGCUCCACGCUGAGCGGAGGACGAGCAAUAGAGCUUCUGGCAAAGGAUGGAGACAGGGCGAGGUUUCCUUUUAGGACUCCUAUGGGACAAAUGUAUGAUUGCUGCUUCUCUUUCGCUGGACUACGGAACAAUAUCACAAUGACGAUAAAGAAACAAGAGGCAGAAGAAGGUAUAGAGCAGGGGACGUUGUUGUCUUGUGUGAACGACAUUGCAGCCGCCACGCAGCACAGCGUCGCCGCUCAUCUAGCAAAGCGGACACAUCGCGCCAUCUUGUUCUGUAAGGAGAACGGCCUGCUGCCUUCACACAGUCCCACUCUGGUGCUGUCUGGAGGGGUUGCAAGUAAUCAGUACAUCCGUAAAGCCAUCUCCAUCAUCACCGAGACGACGGGCCUCCAGCUGAUUUGUCCUCCUGCUAAAUUCUGCACUGACAAUGGAGUGAUGAUUGCAUGGAACGGCGUCGAGCGUCUGAGAGAAGGGAAGGGGAUCCUGCCUCCAGAUGUGGACGUAAGCUACGAGCCAAAGGCGCCGCUGGGUGUGAACAUGAUGGAGGAGGUGAAGGCAGCAGCGAUCAGGUUACCGUCCGUCAGGCUGAAGGUCUCCAACUGACAAAAAGUGUUAAUCAUUCAUAGAUUUAUCC